AUGGGGGCACCGCCGCCCAACGGCAGCCUCGGCCUCACCGCCAGCCCCGGCGCGGCGGCGGGGCCCGGGGACCGCGGCUGCGAGAACGGCGCCCUCAUGGACAGAUUCGGCAUCUUCCUGCAGGGGCUCCUGGGCGUCGUGGCCUUCAGCACCCUCAUGCUAAAGCGCUUCAGAGAACCAAAGCACGAAAGACGUCCCUGGAGGAUAUGGUUUUUAGAUACUUCCAAGCAAGCCAUAGGGAUGUUGUUCAUCCACUUUGCAAAUGUCUAUUUAUCAGACCUUACAGAAGAAGACCCCUGUUCACUGUACCUUAUCAACUUCUUGCUCGAUGCCACCUUAGGAAUGCUGCUGAUCUACAUCGGGAUCCGAGCCGUCAGCAGCCUCGUGGAGUGGCAGCAGUGGGAGUCCCUUCGCUUCGGGGAAUAUGGUGACCCCCUGCAGUGCAGUGCUUGGGUGGGCCAGUGUGCUCUGUACAUAAUGAUUAUGACAUUUGAGAAAACCAUCAUCAUCAUAGUGCUGCUUAUACCUCAGUGGAAAGAGGUGGCUUUAUUGAAUCCCAUAGAGAACCCCCAGCUGGAGCUGGCCAUCGUCAUGCUGAUAGUUCCCUUCUUUGUUAAUGCAUUGAUGUUCUGGGUAGUAGAUAAUUUUCUUAUGAAGAAAGGGAAGACAAAAGCUAAACUUGAAGAAAAGGAAGCAGGACAAGAUUCAAGAAAUGGAAGUAAAGUCCGGUACAGGAGAGCAGCGUCACAUGAAGAGUCAGAGUCAGAAAUCCUGAUUUCAGCAGAUGAUGAGAUGGAGGAGUCGGACGCCGAGGAGGAUCUGCGCAGACUGACCAACUUGAAACCCAUUAAGAAGAAGAAGCACCGGUUUGGUCUGCCCGUAUGACACAGCCCCUGGCCUGUGUGUCUGCAGGUUUCCUGGCAAAAAGAACUUCGUCAGUGGGGUUUAAUGUUGCAAUUGCACCUCCGUUUGCAUACAAACUGACUCAAAAAGCAAGGUCUCCCAACGGAAGGCAAGCGGUUGGAAGACUUCCAGCUCAGUUGCACUACAGACACACUGACCAAUUAUGCAAGAAUGUCUUCUCAUCAUGCGUGAAAAACUGCAGAGGUGUUAAGGAUGAGUCACUAAGGAGUUCUGUGUCAGAGAAGAUCAGAGAAAACAGAUCAGAAUCUUUCACUUUUGGUUACUGAUGAGACAGUGUAAGAAGUUCUCAAAAAGGCAUCAGAGUUGACUAAGUUAAAGGAGUGUGUUUUAUUACUAAAACUGGCUUUUGCAGCGUAAUUCCUAGAGCAGAAUAGUUUAUGGUUACAAGCUGUAACUUAACAUUAUUUUUUUAAGUACAAAUGUUUACUUGCUACCGGGUACCUAUGGAACUAAUAGGUGGAACAAAGAUUUUUUUCCAAGUCUCCUCAAAUCUAUUUGACUAUUUUAUAUUUAAGUUAUAUUUUCAUACAGUUGUAUUUAAAGAUUCUCUUUGUCAGAGAAAAGGGUGCAGUUCCCUUUUUUUGUGCAGAACAGGUCAAAAUAUUUGUAGUGAAAAUCUUAUUUAUCCUUAUGUCCUGGUUUAAGACAAAGGGAUUGCAAAGGGAAGAGCUCUCUGUCACUACUGAAGUCACCAAAUAUCACUAAAAAUGCAGUCCUAUGUGUGCUUUCAACCACAUAAUUCGAAAAUACCUUUUUUAAUAGGAGGUGGCGUUUGCAUAUUUGACAGAUGUGCACUUUAGUGUGUGACAAAAAUCCGUUGUGAUGGUUAUUUGUGAAAUGAGUAUCUGUGGAUGACUCAUUAUUUCUGUUCCUGCAAGUCUCUCGUGCAUACCUCUCAAAUGACCCAAAAGAGAUGGAACACUUCUGACACUUUUCCUUUUGUAGGGCCUGCGGUACAGGACCGUGAUCUGACUGAAGCAGUUGUGCUACAAUAUUGCAAAAAAUAAUUCUGUCCCUUGGUUUUUGUUGGAAAAACAGUCCUCUAUUUAGUGUGCUUAACAGCAACAACAAAAAAAUUUCUCCUGUUUCGUUUCCAUAAAGUCUCAUUAUCCUUUAGCAGUUAAACAAACAAACAACCCAAGGGGUACAGUGCAGUUGUUACUACAGAAUUUCUGUGGUUUUCAGUGUCUCUCUUCUGAUAAUUGACAACACAUGCUCAUCUGAAACCUAGCAGACAUGUUUUCAGUGACAUCCUUUUGCUUUGCAUAUUUCCUCAAUGAUUGUUUCUGACAGCUUUCCUUGCUUAGCUAAACCUUGUGCAGGACAAGCCGACGUGUCAAAGGGGUGACAACAGACCUUAAGUGCAAAUCUGUUGUAGGAUCUGGACACCAGGAAAGUCCCAAGCCUUAAACCAAACCAGUUUCAUUGGAAAACUGCUCAGAACUUUUUAAGAUUUUUUACAUUUUUUUAUAGAUUUACUAGGUCUUAAUGUGAUUUAUUAUCCAGACCACUUAAAUGGGCCUUAGUAAAUGCUGAGCUGUGCUCUCCCGUGCUUACUGUCACUACUCCAGCAUUCCUUUUCCCUGCGUGGCUGCCGAGGUGAACACCAUGCUCCCAGACCUCAGCGUGUCCAGCCGGCUCCAAGGGCCAUUUUACCAAACCUGAGGUUUUAGUUGAGCCACUGACCUUCAUUACUGUGCACUGAAAUGUCAGAACUGCAAUAAGUUACAGCACUAGUGUUUCUUUUAGACUAAAUCUACAAAAUAAUGACAUCGGGAGCUUAACUGAGUUCUUUUUGACGUCGGGGGGGUAGGGAUAGGGAAAUGUCCCUAAUCAGUGUUGCCUCUGUUUUAGGUUUUUUGGGGUUUUUUUAUUGAUUGUGUGACUUGCAUCUUCUCUUGAUGAUUUACCACUGGGUGGGCGCGGGUUUCCAGAAGCACAGUACUUCCAGGAAUUCAUUUUCAGCAACAGAAUAGUCUUGUACAGAUCGCUUUUCCAAAGGGAUUAAGAGCUAGGACUGGCUCUUGUCGCAAAUGUCAGCAUUUAUUUCUUUUAGCAUAGGAUUUGUUCUGUUCCAGGCAGUGACAUAAAGCUGUUGGACGUGUGCUGUGUCCCACUGCACAGCCCUCGCUGUCCUCACCCGCUGAGACACCUGAGCAGCACGCGCGGAUUGAACUGUCCGAGCUUGCAUUUUAUCUUCCUCUUCCCUCCAGUUACUUCAGUUAUCAAAAUGAUUCUAGUCUCAUGUUUAGUCUGUGAAUUGUCAGUAUAAGAUUAUGGCCUUAAUCAUGUGAAAAUAUUUGUUUUCAGCAGACCUCAAGCUUACUGACCAAGUACAAACCAGUGUAAAGUGCUGUGGAGCAGUUUGUUGAAGACGGUUGUAGCAAAGGUCCUGAAUGCCUAAUUUUUCAUGUCUUAAGUGCUUGAAUGUCACUUGAUGUGAGAUUUUGGUAUGCCUAGCAAGAUGAUAUAGUAAAGCACUAUGAGCCAAAGACACAGAAAUAUUUUAAACACCACAUUAGUAACAGGAGGAGCAACCUUCAAAGGGGAAAAUUCAGCUCUUUCUCCUAAGACAAUAAUUUUAUUCACAACUUUAGCUAAAUAACAAAAUCUGAGGUCUUUUCCUAUUCAUUCUUUGCUGUCUUGGGAAAGAGAUGGAAGAUGUAAAUUGGUGGUUUUCCUCUUUGUAAGGUAAAUAUUGGAAUUCUUGCCGUAGGUACAAGUAGAACAGGUGCUCUUGUCUGAUGAGCUUGUAAGUGUGAGAAGGGAAUAUGUGCCUAGUGCUUCACUGUGUCUUACUGCUCACUGACUGGCAGGACAGUCUGAAAUAGACUUUUCAAAAGGAGUUGAUCCAGUAAUGGUAUUGGAACUUCUCAACAUUUGCAUUAUCCUAAAAUUGGCACUCGGAUUUCUGCUUGUAUUUGUACUUUGGGACAACUCAUAGCAAAGGUUUAAUUCAGGCUGUGCUUAGGAAAUGUGAUUCUGUUUAGUGAAAAUAAGCUAUGUAGUCUAUGCCAAAGUAAGAGAAAGGGAUUAUAACUGAGAGAAGAGACACAGAGGUAUUGGUGGAGAUUGAAUUUACUGCAAAUGGUCAACUUAAAUGUAUUAACUGCUUCUGGGAUCUGACCUGUGACAUCUGCAUAAACUUAAAACACUGGUGUUGUCUAAUAUGUGGUUUUCAAGUUCUGGCUUUAAUACGUUCAGGUCCCCUUGUCUUACUUUAAGUAGGUGAAUGCUGUCUGUUAAUGUUGCUAACUAAAAUGUACUAUAGCUUUUCUUCAGGGAAAACUCAGAAACUGAGUUGCAAAUUAGAGCAAUGCAAAGUGAUCCCCUCUGGCAGGUGUCUGCUCCCGUUCCUGCCGUGCCUGGGGAGGGAGGCCUGGGCUCUCCCGCUCUGCUCAGAGCUGAGCAUCACAAGGAAUCUCUGCCACUGUGCUUGACUAACCCGUGUUUGCAACUUUGCUGUGCUUUUUACAGGAGAAACCAGUAGUGAAAGCGAAUAAAUUCGGCCACAUCGAGUCAGAGUUACAUCUACAGCAUAGGCGUGCAAACUUUUUUUAGGGGAAGUUUCCAAUUCAAUUACUGAAAAUGACUACUAUGGUUUUACAAAGUAAAACUGCAGUAUCUUUAAAAAAGGGACUCUUUUGUAGGUGUUUUUGUCUUGCGUGGGUAUCCGUCUCAAACUGAAUGUGGGGUUUGUUUGUAGGUGAAUUCAGAGUAUAGCCAAUGUGAGCAAAACCAACAGCUGUAUUCUGCUGCCCUCUGUUCGGACCAUAUUGUUUAAUCAGUGGUGUUACCUUAAACUUUUAAAGGUAUCUGAUGUAAUUACAUUGUAUAAUGGUUUACAAUAAAGUUGGACUUAUUACAGAUUUGUA